GGAAGUUCCGCCCUUCCAGUUCUCUCCAUGUGUCUUGGCUUCCUCGCGUUCAGGAAGUCCUGGUGGGUGACUAGGCCUGAGUCCUCCAGGUACCUGAAAACUUCCUUAAGCUGCAGUUGCGGUGCCGGCCUCCUAGGACAUUCAUCAGCUCGUCCUGUCACCCUGCCAGCUUUGUAGUUUUCAAACCUGGUUGUGAAAUUUCAAGAAAACUUCCAAUAUUUGAAUCUGGAAGAAGAACAACAAAAAGAAUGAGUGUGGCUCUGGGAAACACUCUACAGGGUUUCUUAACCUUCAAGGAUGUGGCUCCAGAGUUCACACUAGAGGAAUGGGAAAGUCUCAAUUAUGCUCAGCGGGCACUGUACAUGGAUGUGAUUUUGGAGACAUACAAUAAUUUAUUGUCUGUGGAAAAUAAUCUGAUAGGUGGAAAACAUUGGAAUGUCUUGGAACAAGACACCGUGUGCAUUGUCCAUGAACAUAUGAAUAUCCAAGAGAAGUUUUAUAAAUGGGAUGAAAUUAGCAAAAUGACGCUUGAAUCCACCCAAAGUACACAUUAUAUAACUCAUCUCCAAGAUCCCUCCCUUCAGUUCUCAAACCUGAAAAGACAUAAAGCUGGGAAAAUGAGAGAAGUUUACAAAUAUAAAGACUGUGUACAGUUUUCUAAUGAAUGUGCUAACAGCGGUGUAAAUUCUGGAAUCCACAUAGAGAACAAAGAACACAAAAAUACAGAAUUUGGUAAGGAUUUUGUCUAUAAACAUAAACUGAUGCUGAAACGAGACAUUAAUGGUAAGAACCUUCACCAAUGUAGUACAUGUGAUAAAUGCUUUGCCAGAAAAGAGAAUCUUCAUUUGCAUCAGAGAAUUCAUUCAGGAGAGAAACCUUACAAAUGUAGUCAAUGUGACAAAUAUUUUGCCCGACAAUCCUGUCUUAUGCGUCAUCAAAGAAGCCAUUCAGGAGAGAAACCUUACAAAUGUAGUCAAUGUGACAAAUUCUUUGCCCAAGGAUACCAUCUUAGUAUUCAUCAGAGAGUUCAUACAGGAGAUAAACCUUAUAAAUGCAGUGAAUGUGACAAAUGCUUUACUCAGAAAGGCACUCUGAGAAACCAUAUGAGAAUUCAUACAGGAGAGAAACCUUACAAAUGCGAUGAGUGUGACAAAUACUUUGGCCAAAAAUUCCAUCUUAGUAAGCAUCAGAGAAUUCAUACAGGAGAGAAACCUUACAAAUGCAUUAAAUGUGACAAAUGCUUUGGCUGCAAAGGCAAUCUGAGGAUUCAUCAGAGAGUUCAUACAGGAGAAAAACCAUACAAAUGCAGUGAAUGUGACAAAGGCUUUGGCCACCAAUCCAAUCUUACUAUUCAUCAGAGAAUUCAUACAGGAGAUAAACCUUACAAAUGCAGUGAAUGUGACAAAUGCUUUACUGAAAAAGGCACUCUGAGAAACCAUAUGAGAAUUCAUACAGGAGAGAAACCUUUCAAAUGCAGUAAAUGUGACAAAUGCUUUGGCCACAGAGUUAGUUUGAAAAUUCAUCAGAGAAUUCAUACAGGAGAGAAACCAUACAAAUGCAGUGAAUGUGACAAAGGCUUUGGCCACCAAUCCAAUCUUACUAUUCAUCAGAGAAUUCAUACAGGAGAGAAACCAUACAAAUGCAGUGAAUGUGACAAAUGCUUUACUGAAAAAGGCACUCUGAGAAACCAUAUGAGAAUUCAUACAGGAGAGAAACCUUUCAAAUGCAGUAAAUGUGACAAAUGGUUUGGCCACAGAGUUAGUUUGAGAAUUCAUCAGAGAAUUCAUACAGGAGAGAAACCAAACAAAUGUGGUUAAUAUGACAAAUGCUUUACCCAAAACUACAGUCUUGGUCUACAUCAGAGACUUCAUACAGGAGAGAAACCUUACAAAUGUGGUGAAUGUGACAUAUGCUUUGGCCAACAGUCUCAUCUUAGUAUUCAUCAGAGAAUUCAUUUAGGACAAAAACCUUUCAAAUGCACUUUAUGUGGCAAAUGCUUUAUCCACUAAGUCUAAAUUCAUCAGAGAAUUCAUACUGGAGAGAAACAAUGUAAGUGUACUGAAUGUGACAAAUCUUUUAUUCACAAAGUUACUUUGACAAUUGUUCAGAGAAUUCAUCCAGGAGAAUAAAUUUACAAAUGUGUGACAAAUACUUUACCCAUAAAUGCAGUCUUCAUGUACAUUAGAGACUUCAUAGAGGAGAGAAACCUUACAAAUGCAGUGAAUGUGACAAAUGCCUUACCCAAAUGUUCGCCUAAGAAGGCAUCAGAGAUUUCAUACAUGAGAUAAUACUUGCAAGUGUGAUGUACAUGAAAAAUGCAUUAACUACAAUGUCAGUCUGACAGAUUACACACAGUAGAGAAACAUUAUAAAUUUAGUCAAUAAAACAAUUAUUUACCUACAAAUAUUGUCUUAAAAUUCAAUACAUAAUACGUAAAGUAGAGAAAAAUUUCUAAUGUAUUAAAGAUGUGAACCUUUUCUUUUGUCCUAUCAUUUAGAAUUAACACAAUAUGUACAUGUGACAAUCUGAAGAAAUAUAAUGUAUUUGGAAAUAUCUUUGAUUUAAUUUCACGUCAGAGAAAACAUUUUAAAUUUUUUGUGCGAAAGUACAUCUUGCAAAAAUUGAGCUUCCACACUAAGGAAUUUGUAUGAUUAUGAAAACUUCAGAAACCUUCAUGCAGUGUUCAAAUCUUAGAAAAUGUCAGCUAUUUAUACUGAGAAAAUCUCUGAAAAUAUGACAAUGUAGGAAUUUUUUCAUUAAACUUUUACCUGUUCACCCUCAAAUAUUCCAAGAUGAAGACAUAUGGGGAAGCCAGAAUAAUAAAGUGUUGUGUAACAGUUUCAUGGCAAGAGAAAUUAUCUGUUUCAAUGGAACUUCACCCCUCAAAAUAUAUAAUAAAACUGGCAGGAUUCUGUAUAUUCAAGUGAUCAAUUCAGACAAAUUAUGCUUAAAAAGGUUUAUUUGACAAACUCAGAUACCAAAACUCUUUGUGCUUUAUCCUAUAAAUAUGUCUACAGAUGUUAAGUCUCCUUUGAUAAUCCGUAUUCAUAAUUCUUAUUAAAUGCUGGUUUCAUGUUUGAGGAUAAUGACUGAGACUGAUUAUGUGUUCUUGUGAUGUGUGGUCAACAACUCCUUCCCCAUUGUCCUGUAAAUAAAUGUGAAUGAUUCCCCAA